AUGAUCGGCCUCAAGGGUAGACUGAACGUCAUUGACAAUUCUGGCGCACUCAUCGCCGAGUGCAUCAACGUCUUGAAAGUAAAGACCAAGAAAAAGUCGACCGGAUUCGCUACUGUCGGCGAUGAGAUCGUAUGCGUUAUAAAUAAGGCGAGACCGGCACUACGGGCAGAAUCUAUCGGUCCUACCACAGGAAAUAUCCAGAAAGUUAGAAGAGGGGAUAUCAGGCGGGCAGUAGUGGUCCGGACGCGGAAAUCGGAAUUACGGCCAGAUGGGCGAUAUGUCAACUUUGACGACUCGGCGUGUGUGCUGCUGAACCCCAAAGGGGAGAUGAUUGGGACACGGGUGAACGGGAUUGUUUCGAGUGCGCUGAGAGAUCUGCCGGGAGGUGCAGGCGGGCCGGGUGGGAGAUGGAGCAAGGUUUUGGCUUUGGCGACCAAGGUGGUAUGA